GGUUAUGUGGUCUCGUAUUUAGGCAGUAUUUGCUUUACCUUCUGAACAAGUGACAGGCUUACAGGAGGAACUUUUUUUUUUCUAGCUUCGCCUUCUCCUCUUGAUCAUGGAGGCUCGGGCACAUUUCUCCCGUGAGGAAAUUAACAGCACGGUGUGGGAAGUCCCGGAGAAAUACACACGGCUCAAACAGAUAGGGACCGGGGCGUAUGGCUCUGUAUGCUCAGCAAUAAAUGAGAAGACUAAAGAGAAAGUGGCCAUCAAGAAGCUCCACAGGCCCUUCCAGUCAGAGAUCUUUGCUAAGAGGGCCUACCGAGAGCUCCGACUGCUCAAACACAUGAAGCAUGAAAAUGUGAUAGGACUUCUUGAUGUGUUUUCACCUGCCUCAAGCCUUGACGAAAUGCAGGACUUCUACCUGGUGAUGCCUUACAUGUUUACUGACCUGUCGAAGGUGCGAGGUCAUCUCACAGAAGACAAAGUCCAGUUUCUCGUCUACCAGAUGCUCUGUGGACUCAGGUACAUUCACAAGGCUGGAAUCAUCCAUAGGGAUCUUAAGCCUGGAAACUUGGCUGUAAACCAAGACUGUGAACUGAAGAUCCUGGACUUUGGUUUGGCUCGCAGUACUGAUGCUGAGAUGACAGGCUACGUGGUGACACGUUGGUACCGGGCACCUGAGGUCAUUCUGAACUGGAUGCACUACACCCAGACUGUGGACAUCUGGUCUGUGGGUUGUAUCAUGGCAGAAAUGAUCAAUGGAAAAACCCUUUUCAAAGGGAGAGACUACAUGGACCAGCUGACUCAGAUCAUGAAAGUGACUGGAGUACCUGGAGCAGAGUUCAUACAGAAGCUGGACAGUCCAGAGGCCAAAACUUAUGUUAAGGCCCUUCCUCGCUAUCCCAGAAAAGACUUCUCAACAUUGUUCCCCAGAGCCAGUGCAAUGGGUAUCGACCUCCUGGAGAAGAUGCUGGUUCUGGACGGAGACGAGAGACCCACAGCCGAACUAGCUCUGGAGCACCCAUAUUUUGACAGCCUCAGGGACCCAGAUGACUUACCUAAACCUGCGCCAUAUGAUGACAGCCAUGACAACGCCACAUUGUCCCUGGAUGAGUGGAAGCGGUUAUGCUUCAGAGAGGUGAACAGCUUUGUGCCGUUUCCACGGCGGGACUCCAAGAGAAAAAACACGCUGACUAUAUCUCCGUGACCUGACGAAUGUCUUGUAGCGCUGAUGCCCUAAACUACACAGCAUACAGCCAAUGGUGCCCUUGUAUAUUCCAACCAUGGAUUCACUUUAUUUCUUUUACCAUGGAUAUAAUUUAGAUUUUGAAGAGUGGUUAUAUUCAAUUAUUUUGUGCAAUUGUUUCCUAAGUGUGGAUUGCUCCUUAUGUUACAUAUUCCCUAUCAGUGUAUUGUGACAAAAUGUCACAGGGUUUACUGUAAUAUUGUUUUACAAUUAAAAAAUUAGACAAGAUGUGUACAACGUUUUGUUUUUGCGGUAAAUAGUAAAUGUUACUGCCCGAGGUAAAAACAGCAUUUUUUUUUUUUAAUACGUUAUUCAUUAAAAAUUAUUAUAAAGGGACAAAGUCUGGAGUUUGCCAAUUAAUACCCUGAAGACAUGACCAGCAAAGGCCAAAAACAAUUAACAGUUACUGUGUGAAUCUCUAAUAUGUAACCAGUGUCAGCUGGAAUGUGUGACAAUGAAGGUGUGUAUGAUGCUGAAAGCAACUAGUUGUUUUAUUCAUGUCUCUGCUUGUAUCACUUUGUAGUUCUUCACUUAAUUACUAAAAAACACUUCACACAA